CCUCAAGUCUCUUUCACACACAGCCCUCUGGGCCAGGGCCAGGCGCUGAAAUCAAUAUGAAGUGAAUUACACACAAGAGCCAUCCUGGUUUAGUAAAAUCACUCCUCAGCAGGGCUUGGUGCUCAAGCACCUGUUGACUUUCGAUUUUUGGCCUCAUUACAAUGGAUUUUCUCAGUCAUUCACGACCCAAAGUUCACAUCUCAAUGAUUGGAGAUUGAGCUACUGAUGGUCUAACUUUAUACUGAAUAUUCUCGUAAGCAAGUUCUUCAACCAUGUUCAUACUUUUCAUUGCUGUGACUACAUUGAUUCCAAUCGUCGUUCGAGGAUUGUUACCUCCAGAGGACAACGUCUUGCACAUUGGUGGCAUAUUUCCCAUUGCUGGAGAAGGCGGAUGGCAGGGAGGUCAGGCAUGCAUGCCAGCAGCAAACCUGGCCCUGGAUGAUGUGAAUAGUCAAAAAGAUUUACUACCUGGAUUUACUUUAAAGUUACAUUCAAAUGACAGCGAGUGCGAGCCAGGACUGGGAGCAUCUGUCAUGUACAAUUUAUUAUACAACAAACCUCAGAAGUUAAUGUUACUAGCUGGCUGCAGCACAGUUUGUACCACAGUUGCUGAAGCUGCUAAAAUGUGGAAUUUGGUAGUUUUAUGCUAUGGCGCCUCAUCACCAGCUUUAUCAGAUCGUAAUCGCUUUCCUACACUGUUCAGAACUCAUCCGUCAGCCACGGUACAUAAUCCAACGAGAAUCAAGCUACUCCAAAAAUUUGGAUGGUCUCGAGUGGCCAUUUUACAGCAAGCCGAAGAAGUAUUCAUCUCUACCGUGGAAGAUUUGGAAGCACGAUGCAAGGAGGCUGGAAUUGAAAUUGUAACACGCCAGAGUUUUUUGUCAGACCCUGCGGACGCAGUUAGAAAUUUACGUCGUCAAGAUGCCCGAGUAAUAGUGGGUUUAUUUUACGUCGUUGCAGCCAGACGGGUACUCUGCGAACUUUACCAUCAAAAGCUUUAUGGCAAGAGUUACGUAUGGUUUUUUAUCGGCUGGUACGAAGAUGACUGGUUUGAAAGGAAUUUGGAUAAGGAAGGCAUAACUUGCACAAAGGAACAAAUGCGACAGGCCGCAGAGGGCCAUUUGACGACUGAAGCCCUUAUGUGGAACCAGAAUAAUCAGAAAACAAUUAGCGGAAUGACUUCAGAGGAUUUCAGACAAAGAUUGAAUGACAUGUUAAAGGCACAUGGCUAUGAUAUUGAUAACAAUAGAUAUCCUGAGGGUUAUCAAGAGGCACCACUUGCUUAUGAUGCUGUCUGGUCGGUAGCUCUGGCAUUUAACAAAACAAUGGAAAAACUGAAUAGACUUGGUAAGAGUUUGAAAAAUUUCACUUAUACCGAUAAAGAGAUAGCCGAUGACAUUUAUUCAGCAAUAAACUCAACACAAUUCCUUGGAGUUUCUGGAUAUGUAGCAUUCAGUUCCCAAGGAGAUCGAAUUGCUUUGACGCAAAUAGAACAGGUUGUAGGUGGGACGUAUGUGAAACUUGGAUACUAUGACACUCAAAGUGAUAAUUUAACGUGGCUAGACAAGGAGAGGUGGAUUGGUGGUAAAGCCCCACAAGAUCGAACAAUUGUUCGAAGAGUCCUGCGAACAGUUUCUUUGCCUUUAUUCAUAUGCAUGGGCACGGUAUCAUCGGCAGGAAUCGUAAUAGCGAUGGCCUUGAUCGUUUUUAAUAGUUGGAAUAGACAUAGGAGAGUGAUCAUGUCGUCACAUCCAAUUUGCAAUACAAUAAUGUUAACGGGUGUUAUCACUUGCUUAGUAUCUGUAUUUUUACUGGGAGCUGACGGGCGAUUUGUGGAACCAUCCGAGUAUCCAAACAUUUGUCAAGCUAGAGCUUGGAUGUUAUCGACUGGAUUUACCUUGGCUUUUGGAGCGAUGUUCAGCAAAGUUUGGAGGGUACAUAGACUGACGACCAAAACUAAAGCCGACCAAGCUAAGUUAUUUUUGGUUAAACAAAAAGUUUCAUCUAUACAGAAGAAAAUUCAGCCGUGGAAGCUCUAUACAAUGGUGAGCGCACUCCUGACAAUCGACGUUAUAAUUCUGAGCGCAUGGCAGUUGUUAGAUCCACUGCAGCGGCGCAUAGAGGUCUUCCAAUUAGAGCCAUCUUUGUAUGGAGAUGACGAUGCCAGGAUUAGACCGGAGUUAGAGCACUGCGAAAGUGAUCAUAACAUAAUAUGGCUCGGUUUAAUAUAUGGGUAUAAAGGCAUUGUAUUGGUAUUUGGUCUAUUUUUGGCCUAUGAGACACGCAGUAUUAAAGUGAAGCAGAUUAACGAUUCACGUUACGUGGGAAUGUCGAUUUACAAUGUCGUAGUAUUAUGCCUUAUCACAGCCCCGGUAACAAUGGUGAUUGCAAGUCAACAGGAUGCGAGUUUUGCCUUUGUUGCAUUAGCUAUCAUAUUCUGCUGCUUUCUAAGCAUGGCUUUAAUAUUUGUACCCAAAGUUAUCGAAGUUAUACGGCAUCCAAGGGAUAAGGCAGAAUCUAAGUAUAAUCCUGAUGUUGGUAUAUGCAAAGAGGAUGAAGAAAGAUAUCAGAAGUUGUUGAUCGAAAAUGACGAGUUGCAAAAGCUCAUUGCAGCGAAAGAGGAGAAAAUCAGAAUGUUGAAACAACGAUUAGCCGAGAGGGAUGCGACUAAGGGAGGUCCAAUAAAUAUUCCGAAGGAUUCCUUGAUUGUAGCAGACUUUGUAACCGGAGAAGGAACGUCUGAUAGUGCGAUUGGUGGGGGCAUUUCCAUAUAUACAAGAUCAUCUCGUGCUUCAGCUUCUGAUUUUGAGUUCUCAGAAUCUUAUCUGUAAAAUGUUUCAGUUCUAUUUCCUCUUUUAUAAAUCAAAGUAUUUCGCAUAGCAGUUGCAAAUUUUUUUUGUCCAAACGCUAGAUAAAUUCUUCCAAGUAUUACAACACAUGGGCUACGGUUGGAAAUGUUCUAUGAUUUUUUAAAUUAUUCUUUCUGUUAUUUCAUUUAUCUCCUAACCUUGCUAAAUCAUAGCGCCGUAUAUACUGUUUUUGUUGCUGUUACGAUCACCUUAUUGUUUGUAUAUAAAUAAGUUGUUUUUAUUCGUGGUGUUAUAUUUCAACACUCAAUCUUUCUACAGAGAAUUGAUUGCAAACUCUUUUAAACAGAAUUGCAGAUUAUAAUUUUCUGUCCGCUGAGCAAUACUUGUAGAUUUAUUUUUCGUGUUUCAAUGGACUAUCAUUACUUGCAUUUUGUACAAAAUUCACUGAAUAUGUAUCAUGUUAUUCAUAUCAUUUUCUUAUUCAUAUUUUCCAGGUCAAUCUUUUUUUGUGAAUUAAAAAGUUUCUUUUGUAAUUCUGACCCGUUUAUAUCACUAUUUGAAUGAGAAAUGUAUCUAGAAAAUCACAUAUAAUUUCAAUUGCAAGGGGAUGUAUUGGAUUAUUAUAGAAAUACAGCUUCACAGAGAACUUCUCGAGCCAUUCAUCGGAUAAUGAAAACGAGUGCGAUUAACGCAACCGAUUUUAACUCUCCUGCUCAAGGAUCAGGUUGAGGAACCAAUGAAUGACCCUGUAUGAUCGAAAUUUUACUCAUACAAUUGGAAAAAACUGAGUUUUCAGAUUACGAGAUAAUAAAUACUGUAAUAAAUUUUUCAAAUGAUCCACGUCAAAAUAAUGGCGUAUUUACAUUUGAAUUACAGUUUGUUAACCAUCUUUCUUCAUCUUAACUUCGAAACAAUAAAGAUAACUUCAUCGGCUGAGAGCAACAACAUCGUAUCUCAGAUUUUGAUUCAACAAAACCCCAUCUUAGAAUUUCGUUGAACAACGUUGUAUGUCCAAAGUAAUCUUCGAGGAAAUACAAUGAUUUUGAACAAAAUUCUGAGAUAGGGUUUUGUUGAACUAAAAUCUGAUAUGAAGUUUUGUUGAGCCAAAUUCUGAGAUAGGAUGUUGUUGCUUUCAACCGACGACUUGGCUUUUCUCUGAUAUAUAAUAUAUGAGAAAUCGGGCCAAAUGCUUUUAUAUUACGAAAAAUUCGAAUCAUUAUAUCAAUUACCAAUUAUCAGAAGUUUAUGUUCCAUGCAUAUCGGUAACUAAUUUUUGUAAAUUCAAAUCAAUGUCAGUCAUGAUUCAGUACAAAAGACAAUCUUUAUCGACAUUCGAGUAGUUCUAUUCGCCUAAUCCUCAUCUUAUAGUUAUUUGUUUGUCAUAACUAACAUAUGUUUAUCAAGUCGGCAAUGGCUUGUGAUGGAAAAAAUGCAAUGCUAAACGUUCGAAUAUCAAUGAAUUAGCAGCGUUCAUAUAUUGAAAGUGAUGAGAUGUGCAGGAAUAUGUAGAUUAUGCGCACAUAAAUUAUCGUGUCUAUUGUAAGUAACCCCGUAUGUAACGAGAUUAACGAAUAAUCUGCAUAAAAUUGUCUCAUCCGAAAAAAAUUUGGGACCUAUUACAAUUAAAAGUGCACAAAAUCGAUCUCAUAGAAAUGAUAGAUUGCGGCCUAAAUAAGUUUUUUCUGAUCUCACAACGACAAGAUCUAUACGCAUAAAUGCAUUUUAUGAUAAUCGAUGUUUAAUGUAAUUAGUGUAUACGGUUAUAUUUAUUUUUGUUCCGUUAAAUAAUUCCGCGUCUGUUGAUGCACUUUCGUCAUGGAUAUAAAAUAAUCUUUGUUGCCUAUGACAAAUUUAGUCUGAUGGGUCCAAAACAAAAGAAACACUUUUUUACUCUUUGAAAAUACAAAUGCAAUUUCUAAUUGGGCUUUAUAAUACAGUAAAGUUGAGAUAUAAAUUAUUUAUUCUCAGAAUUAGUGACUGUUUUAGAAUUAGAUGUAAUAAUUGCAGUUAAAUCUCGUUAGACAAAAUCUUAUAAUAUUAAAGUACUUCCAUAUUAAUGUAAACCUCAUGAAGCUUACUCCCAAAUUAAAAUAAAAUGUAGAAUAAUGACUUGACUAAGUGAUAUUUAGACAUGCUAACGAGAUUUAAACGCUUAAUAUCGUGUCCAUUCAUAAAUUAUUUGGGAGUCUUGAUGAGGUAGUAUAACAUUGUAGCUUUCAUGCAAGCCUUCGAUAACUAGAUCAAUGGAGAGAAAUCAUUUCAAAUGAGCCAUCAAGUGAUCAAUGUGAAAUCAAAAUUAUUUAUGAAUGCGACAAACCGCUAUAUAUGUGUGUGACAAGUUUAUGAUAUUUCAAAAAAACGGAAUUUAACUUUUUGUUUUUAGAAACGGACCACGCUGGGUGACUGGGGGCUGUCGUCCUUUAGAUGAAAAGUUAUUAGAUAAAGAAACUAACUAAAAGAUUUUCAGCCAGUCAAGCAAUUCUACUUGUAUACCUUAAAACCAACUAUGUACGUUAUUGGAUUUGACUACGGUGAUUUGACUUCAGAGAAGAGCAAUUUUUUUAAUUCGAAAUGUCCUUACUACUUGCCAUAUGUUUAUUAAUAGUCGUAUUACAAAAAUACAACAGAGUCAGUUAUCAAACGAAAUCAUACGAUUUGUUCAUCUUCUCUUUACAAAUAAAUUCGACGUCAAAUAUCAUACAUAUAUAAUAAGCAAUACGAUUUUUCCUCAUAUUAUAACGUCAAACGAUAAAUGAUUAGCAAAAUGUAAAAUGGUUCAAUACCAAAGUUUAAUUUUGAUAUCUAUUUUACAUAUGAUUAUAAUAGUUUUGCUCACGUGUUUAAUUUGAAAUAUAAAGAUGACAAGUAAAAAUUUACUACAAGUCUUGAAUAUUUCAAAAACAUCUAAGUUUUUAUUGUGAUUUGACUGCAAUUAAAAAAUCCAAUAUAGUUGAUAUAAAUUUAGCCAACAUGUGUAGUAUAUUAGUAGGUAUAUCUGAAUAGUCAGCUAAAAUAUGACAAUUAGAAUUUAGGGGAUGUCAUUAUACUGUCGAUUAAUAGAAAAUAGUAUGUUUUCUGUUAUUUUUUUCACCUUUUUUUCAUGUAAACUAUAAAAAAUUAUAUCAAUUUUUCAGGUAUGUUUGACGAAAAUUGGACAAUGAUUUGCUAUUUAUAUUCGCAUUGUGUCACGACGAUAUUUGAGAUGCUCAUAGUAACAAUUACGCAUAGAUACAUAGAUAGCUGUUCAAUUGAUUAAUUUGUUGGAGAAAUUCCGGUUUGUAAUAUCUUAAAUCAGAAAUUCAAUAACACGAAGUUAAUGAAAUUUAUUUUAUUUUUUCUUACGCUCAAUAUACUGGAUCAUCGGUAGUUUAUGAGAUUUUUAUUUGCCUCGUGUAAUUUAGGUAUACAUAAGGGAACUACAGUGUUCAAAAAUUUCCACCUCAGACUUGUAUGAAAUUAGAUUUUCACUUACUCUCCAACUAUUGUUCAUCACAUUCUGAGGGUUAAUUAUGAUUUCUGGCUACGAUAUUCUAUAUACUUAUUAUUUCAAUCUAAUUAUAGUGUACGUUAUGAGAAAUUGGAGCACUGUUGGAGUUUUACAAAUUUUAAAUAAGUAAUAUCAAACGUUGAAGAAAGUAAAAUAUAUAUAUUAAUACAUGUAUAUGUACGUUAUAGAAAAUAGGAGUUUUUAUUGAGUGUUUCUACAUGAAAUUGAAUUACAUAAAUGUUGGCUGUUACAUAACAAACUCUGUGAAAAUAUUGUUUUACGAUAUCAUUUUAUUGUUGUAAUGCAAUCUGUACAAUUUCGAGCAAACAACUGAGGUAAUUACUUCAUUUGCUGAUGUACGCAAAGAAUAACUGGAACGUUUAUUUCGUUCGGUAACAAUAUAAUUAUAAUAAAAGUAUUCGGAAAGAUUCUACAAGAAUAUUUCAAAUCUACGCAACUAGACUAACAGAUCGUUUUCUUAUAAGACAUUAUGUGUCAAUAAAGCGAGUAUAAUUCAA